AUGGACUCGGACGCGAAAAAAUGCCUCAAGAGACCCGCAUCUCAUCCAGUCCCUCGUGAUCAUCCUCUACAGAUCUCCCUUCGAACCUACGCCCUCUCACUCUCCUUGUCGCUCGGCCCCGCUCUUUUUCCAUUCCUCACAUCUGCAAAAUUGAGGCGAAAUGGAGUGGCGCGAUUGAAGAAGAUCCUUCGUAGGGAACUCGGCAUGUCCGGGUUUGCGUUUGCUAUGACCGUCGCCGUUGGUGGCGGGGCAACGUUAAGGCGGCUCUGGGACCUCCUCGAUACCAAGACGGCCGACGACACUGGCUGGGCGAGUGAUACUGAGUUGACGAAAAUACGAGACCGGCUAUCUUCAUUGACGAGCUCUCACAGGACUUUCAUAGCCAACGUGCUCUCUUCCUUGCUGGCUAUCACUCUCUUCCACUCAAGACGUUCACGCGUACACCCAUCUCAUCGGGUUGAUAUCCCACUGACACUCCCACUAUCUGACACGGCUUCCCCUCAGCUACAGCGCGCCCGUAUACGACCUUCGAUUACCCUGGACUUGACAUUGUUGCUACUGGUGCGCGCGAUGGACUCCCUGUUCCAGAUGGCAAUCAGCAGGCUUCCCCGCUCGUACAAUAAAUGGAUCAUGACCUUGGCCAAUAUUGAUGUUCGUCUUUUGGAGGCCUUGCGCGCCAUACGUUCCGGCGCUUGGUCUUACAGACGACAUGUCUCGGUACAGCCCGACUUGGUGUCGUCUAUCUCUCGCACUCUCGGGUAUCCUUCUGCAUGGGGAGAUCCUGCGCUUCUACCGGCUUACGGUGGUGUACAGGCGAAUGCGGUAUGGAAAACACUUGGAGUGCGUGGGAGAAAUGGACUAGGUGGCUUGCCAUGCGAACUGGUCCACGGGACGGUAACAGGUGGCAGCUGCACAGCAAAUGCAACGAUUAGGGGCGCUCAAGCUUUCGUCGAGGCGCUGGCUCUCUAUCUCCCGGUUCAUUUUCUCCCUAUCCUUCUCACGCGGCCUAGGGCGCUCCUCCAAGCGCCCCGUCUUCUUCGUACGACGCUCUCUGUCCUGCGAAGCGCGUCAUUCCUGAGCGCGUUUGUCUCUUCCAUAUGGGUCGCUGUAUGUCUUACGCGCACGCUGUUCCUUGCCCGUCUCUUCCCAUGGAUCUCGCACGACUUCUGGGACGGGCCAUUUGGAUGCACGUUUGUUGGAAGUCUGGUUUGUGGUGGGAGUAUAUGGAUCGAGGAAGGACGGAGAAGAGGCUAG